GUUCGUAAAAGUGAUGCUGAUGCUUUUCAGCAUUUAGGCAUCUUUUCACUCGCAGCACUAUGGCUAUUUCAACAUGUCAGAAGAUCACCUUCAUCUCUUGCAGCGUCCUGUGUAUGUCUUUAUUCCUACCCAAAAUGUUUUUAUCCAGAGGGAAGAAAGAAAUCGUGCACUCGGAGGUUGGGCCAGGGCAUUUUCCUCCCUUGCGAAACAGCCAUUCAUUCUCUGGAGAUCAAGAUAACUGGGACACGGAGUCUCAUUACACCAAGCAUUACAACCCAGAGGCCAUCGCCAGAGCCAAGGGUGCUGGCAAGCCAAACCUUCUUGGUCAGGUGAUCCCUGUCUAUGGUUUUGGGAUCUUUCUUUAUAUCAUCUACCUGUUCUUUAAGCUGACAUCUAAGGACAAACCUCCCCGACAAGGGUGCAGAUUUCCUAUACUGCAGCCAGAAUGCACAUUUGAAGAAAUGCCUACUUGUCAGCUGGUCCAGCUGCAUGCCAAAAUGAGUGAAAAAGUGAGAGAAAAGAGGAUAUCUAAAGUUGUCCACUCAUCUGCUAGGUCACGCAGGGAGACACGGAGGCGAGAGGAGAGAAAGUUGAAACAGUUGAGGGAGAUCACCCACAUUAUGCGGGAAAGACAACUGCGAGAGGGAGCUACCCCGGAAGAGGAGGCUGAGGAGGCCCCCUACACAGCAGACUGGGAAGGCUAUCCAGAGGAGACCUACCCAGAGUAUGAUAUGCCCUGCCGCAGACGCAGGUUUCCUAGCGUUAUCCUGGAGGAGCCAGAUCAAGUUAUAUUCACAGCUGAGGAGCUGGCUGAGAGAAUGGAGAAAGAAGAGGGAGAAGAUGAGAAUGAGUCAGGUGACAAUGACUUGUGUACUAAUGAGAAUGUGAUGAAAGAUGAACAAGAAGAUGAAGAGGAGGAAGAAGAAAAUGAUGAGGAAGAGGAAGAUGAGGAGGAAGAGAUUGGAGAGGACCAGCCCUGUCUUCCUAAAAGUAUUGAUGAGGACGAUGAGAGACUUAAGUCCGUAGGUGAAAGGGAAGAGAAACAGAAUGCAAGCAAGAAAAGACGACAAAUCACCUUCAGCGAUCACAGACAUGUCUACCAUUAUCCAAAGGGUGGUGCUGUUGGCUGCAAGUUUGAGGAAGAGGAGGAGGAAGAGCAUGAGGAAGGAGAAGAAGUAGAAGAUGAGGAGGAGGAGGAGGAGGAGGAGGAGGAGGAAGAGAAUGAAGAGGAAGAAAAUGGUGAUGAUGAAGACUGCGAAGAGGAAGAGGGGGAGGAAGAUCAGUGGAAUGAAGAAGAGCAGAGCGAUAAAGAGGAGAAAGAGGAGGAUCCACUGAUGGAGGCUGAGAGUCUGGGAUUUAAUGAUGAUGCCGAAUGUGAUCCUGAAGAGCAUGAAGUAGACCUCAUUGACUUCCUUCAAACAUACCAACCUGAAGUAACCAUCAUCUCCAGUCAGUCACAGUCUCCCAAAGCUCAGGCCUCUGGGACACUUAGAAUGCGUCACAAGAAGCAAAAGGUGAAGAAGUGACCUACUUGGUAAAAUAUAACAAUGAAAUUCAGUUUGAUUAACCUUUAUUUCUUCCUGUAGAAUACUACCUCUGUAUCAAUGUACUUUACUGUGAAUCUUUGUACUUAUUUUGCUCAUGGGUGACAAGUUCUCUGUUAUCAUUCGUGCUUUUCUGAUUAACAGAUUUCACUGCUCUGUCUUUAAGAACAGUUCCAAGGUUGAUGAUAUUUGUAAUGUUUAAUUGUUUGUAUCAUUCCGCUUAAAUGUUAAGAUAUUCUUAUUCUUCGAUGUGCAACAUUAGGUCUCAUUUACGAAUAAUUGUGAAUAGGAUCUGUACUAAUGCACACAGAAAAAGUUCUCACACAAAAUUUCAGCUGGAUUCACCACACAUAUAUUUGUUCUUACCCUCAUUCUAUUGUUAAUGCAUCCGGAUUAUUCUAAAUAAGGGAGUGCAUGCCCACCAUUAGUAAUUUGCAUAAAACAUGACCAAACAAUCUCAAAAGGCAUUCGUCUGAGUGCUUUCUGAGAGCACAUGCAGCAAGAAAGCAAAGUGUGCCAUUUUCAAAACUAUCUGAAACAAUAAGCACCUUUUUAUAAGUUGUCUAGAAGGGAACCGCCUGGCCGGGAAAAGUCUUGCAAUAGUCACAUGUAAGAUUUAUACACUGUUUAUUGUGUUAAAUCCUACACCUACCUUAAUCUAACCCUAACCUUAACGUUAGUAGCAGCAAAUGGGACUCUCACAAGACUUUCCCAGCCCGGCAGUUCCCUUCUAGACACAGUCCUUUUUAUAGAUCAGGGCUACACAUGAUCAGCUACAUUUGUAUGCAGAACCUAUUCCGAAUCAAGCUACUGAAUGGUUACUUAGUAACCCUUAAAAAAACAUUUUGGCUUAACAUAUUCUUUGGGGGCCUCAGGGGGUCUGUGAUUUUUGCAUACAUGUGGUUUUAUUGCAAAUUUAGAAUAAAUGAAGUAGGAACUUAUUUAAAAAAAAAUCCUGAUUUCUGCAUGAAAACAUUUGCAUAGGUUUUAUGCACAAAUACUGAUACGUGUGAACACACAGUAAGUAAAUGAGACACAGUGUAACUAAACUAUUUUCAUUGGCAAAGCAAAAAUAAACAAAACAGUUGGCCAUUUUGAGUCUGAAAUGUAAUUUAUUCUAUAUUAACCUCUUCUUUAUAGAACUAUAAAUAUAAAAUCAAUAUCACACUCGCAAUUUAUUAUAUUACUGAAUAUAAGCAUGGCUGUGAUUAUCUUUCGCCUUGUACAUACGGCUGAAUCACAAUCCUCAUAUUCAGUACAACACUCUUGCUUGAUGCGAUAAUUGGCUAAAACAUGUUAGAUUAUCCGAUGACCUGUAAAAAAACAGGCACUUAAAUGUUUAUAACACCUUUUGCCCAUAAAAGUUUAGUGAACAGAAAUGAUUGUGUACAGACUUUCAUUUGACUAUUUACAGUAGUUUUAAAGUAUUGUAAAUUGACUUAGUCCUAAAUAUCUGAGAUAUAAAAAUUCACUGAAGUUUAGAUUUAUUUUUAUUUUUUUAUGUACUGUAUACAAACACUGUAUAUUGACCAAUGUAAACAUUUUACAAAACAAUGUGACAUAACAUUUAUACAUUAUCACUUAACAGAGUGGUGAGAAUCUUUUUUUUUUUUUUCAAAAAGAUAAAAAUAGCAGAAAAACACGUUAGUUUUCAGUGUUUUUACCAGAGCAAACCCAAAAUUGUUAGAGCAUUACAUUGACAAAGAGUAAAAAAGCUGGAAUGGUUUCAUGAACCAUUUAAACAAAUCAUUUACAGUAAACAUCACAGAUUUAUUUUCAAUAUGCCUAAGAAUUGUAUAUAUAUAUAUAUAUAUAUAUAUAUAUAUAUAUAUAUAUAUAUAUAUAUAUACACACACACACACACACACACACACACACACACACACUACCGGUCAAAAGUUUUGAAACACUUAUUCUUUAUUAUAAUUUUUUUUCUUCACAUUUUAGAAUAAAAGUAAAGUCAUCAAAACUAUGGAAUAACAUAAAUGGAACUAUGGGAAUUAUGUUGUGACUAAACAAAAUCUAAAAUAAAUCAAAACUGUGUUAUAUUUUAGCAUCUUCAAAGUAGUCACCCUUUGCCUAGAAUUUGCAGACAUGUACUCUUGACAUUUUCUCAACCAACUUCUUGAGGUAUCACCCUGGGAUGCUUUUUAAACAGUAUUGAAGGAGUUCCCAUCUAUGUUGGGCACUUAUUGGCUGCUUUUCUUUAUUAUUUGGUCCAAGUCAUCAAUUUCAAAAACUUUUUUUUUUUUAAUUAAAUUUUAGUUUUAUAAUGAAAUAAAUUAAUAUGUUGGCAUAAUUAUAUUUUUGUCUACAAAACUAAUUUCAUUUAAGCAUACGCCUUCAGAUCAAAAGAUUUUUAAGAUCAUGAGAAACAUUUCAGGCAAGUGUUUCAAAACUUUUGACCGGUAGUGUAUAUAAUAAUAUAAGUUAAUAUUAAAAAAUACUUUUCUGGGGAAGAGAUAUAUUUUAAAAUGUUAUGUCUGAAGCUAUAAUUUUAAUAUGAUCAAAGUGAAUAGUAAAAAAAAAUAGAAAGGAGAUGAAUGUUUUGACAGUUUUCUACUAGGUGUUAAAAUAUGAGUGAAAAUUAAGGUCAGCCAUUUACAGCACAUGUCUUGUCUGUAUCUUGUAUUCAUAAAUAAAGUAAUAACUCAAAUUUAGUAAUCAAGUAAUUUUCAUCACUAAGCCAAAUGAGACUGCAGGGAAAAACUAAUGUUAUUAGUUAUUAGAUGAUAACAAAAGAUUUGGAUUUUCAAGAUUUUACUGGGACCUUGACUUUCAACCGGAAUAAUAUCAUAAAAAUCAUCUGAAACAAGGCAUGCUUUUGGAUAAUUGAGCAGAGCUAAAUCAUUGAGGCCAUAUUAUCAAAUUAUAAAUGAAAAUUAACUUCUAAAAUGCGCUAAGAACAAUUUGGCUUAAGGGAAGGUACAAUAUCACACAUUAGGCUUUUUGAUUUGCAAUUCAAUUACCACACUGAUGAAACACCACUUACUUCCUUGAUUCACUCAUCAACAUUGUUUAGCAAAGAUGUGUACAUUUACAAACUAGUAAAAUUAGGGGGGAAAAAUAUGCUGCAUUGAGUUUUUUGUCUUUGACACUUUGUUCGUUCCACAAUUUCAUGCUUGUCAAUUUUGCACUACAGCAGUUUUAUACGCAUGCAGCGGGACAUUUCAUGGAUGGCUUGUAAACAAACUGCAUAUGUCAUUGUCUCACUUUGUCAACAAGAAUCCAAAUAGUUGUUUUUCUGUUCUUAAAAAAAUCAGCUUUUCCACAAGCAGGCAACUGAACCAUAUUCAUUCUGGAAAGCUACAGCCCAGUAUACUGUAGGUAUACUGCAAAUAUACAGGUUGUUCUCAAGAAAUAAGACAGAAGCUCAGGUAGUUUCAGGAUAAAUAAACACUAGCUGGAGAAAACAAUGUUGCAUCCCAUCAACCUCAAGCAUCUCAAGUGUCUUGUCCAAAGGCACAAAGCUUUCCACAAUUAAACUCUUUAUAAAGUGCUCCAUUCAGUACAUUCCCCUACAAUGUAGUGGGUCAGUAUAACUGAGAUGAUAAUGUACUUAAACUGAUAUUGACCCUCACAUAAAAUAACAUACAAUAUACUUUUGCCACCGUUUAGGUUUUUGGGCACUUUUACACUAGAGCUAUUGGUGUGCAUGUAAAAUCAGUAAACCAUUCAUUUUGGGUCAUUCUACUGGUGACGGCACUAAGGUCCACAUAAAAAGUGGUAUCUGGGUUUCACGUUUCAAAGUACAGUUCACCACUGAUGUGAAACUAAUGCAGUCUGGUUAUGAACCCCUAUUGAUUACAUAUAUUUUGUAAAACUAUCACACAUUCAUCAUUUAAAUUUAAUGAGUCUGCACCAGACACUCGAGUGUGAAAGUGACCUUGUCAAAAAUUGUGCUUGAAGCACAGAGAAUUAUGGGCAAAGGGGUAAGACAAAAGCAGAAGAUGAUAUGUAAAUCUAUAUAAAUACAUAAAUAAUAAAUAUGACUUCAUACACUGGCAAAGAAUGAUGGAGCCCUCAUAAAGCAUGUAUUAUUACUGAUACAUUACAUAUUUAAGUGUUUUAUGACAGAGGUGACUUAUGUCAAACUGAAGCCAUAUCACAUAUGACAGUGACAUUCAAAAUCACUUCACAAAAGUCAGUUUGUUAAAGGGAUAUUUCACCCAAAAAUGAAAAUUCUCUCAUCAUUUACUCACCCUCAUGCCAUCCCAGAUGUGUAUGACUUUCUGUCUUCUGCUGAACACAAACGGAGAUUUUUAAAAGAAUAUCUCAGCUCUGUAGGUCCAUACAAUGCAAGUGAAUGGUGACCAAAAUUUUGAAGCUCCAAAAAGACAUACGACUCCAGUGGUUAAAUCCAUAUCUUCAGAAGCGAUAUGAUAGGUGUGGUUGAGAAACAGAUCAAUAUAUAGUUCCUUUUUUACUAUCAAUCUCCACUUUCACUUUCACAUUCUUCUUUUGUUUUUGAUGAUUCACAUUCUUCGUGCAUAUCAUCACCUACUGGGCAGGGAGGAGAAUUUAUAGCAAGAAAGGACUUAAAUAUUGAUCUGUUUAUCACCCACACCUAUCAUAUCACUGGAUUACUUUUAUGCUGCCUUUAUGUGCUUUUGGAGCUUCAACAUUUUGGUACCAAUUCACUUGCAUUUUGAGGACCUACAGA